AUGUCAAGCCUUAGUGAACCAGGAUUCGAAGGAACCGAAUUGCUCGACUUUAUGAAGAGCGUUUUGGAUGAUGAUGAAAAAUUGAGAGCUAAAUCCAUCAAACAAGCCAAGGCAAACGUUAUCUUAACGUUGAAGAAUAAGGACAAAGAGACCAAAUCAUGGUUUUUUGAGUUUAAAAACACUGGAGAAGUAAGAAAGAUAGAUGGAACUCCCCCAAAGGCCGAUGUGGCUUUGUUCAUGGCCGACAAGGAUUUCCUCAAGCUUGUUAACAACGAAGCCAAUCCUCAGAAGUUGUACAUGAGUGGAAAGUUGAAAAUCAAAGGUAAUUUGAUGAAAGCGGUUUCACUUGAGAAGAUCUUGAGGGCUGCUGACCCAAGAUCGAAGUUGUGA